ACGACGAGAGAAGGGCAUGAAAAACGAAGAGGACCGGUUUGUAAGUCUCUGCAGUCUCUUCCUGUACACGUCGCUUUACGGCUGACGUGACGCAGGCACUAGCCGGGCAGCCCCAGGAUCAGUUCAACCAUGGAGACUCUCUUUAGCCUACCGUUCACCGUACUGGAAUGUCCGAACAUCAAACUCAAAAAACCCUCAUGGCUACAUAUGCCUUCUGCAAUGACCGUAUAUGCCGUCGUGAUCGUUUCAUAUUUUCUCAUUACCGGUGGCAUCAUAUAUGAUGUGAUCGUUGAACCAAGUGUGGGAUCCAUGACGGAUGAGCACGGGCACCAGAGGCCAGUGGCUUUCCUGGCGUACAGAGUGAAUGGACAGUACAUUAUGGAGGGGUUGGCUUCCAGCUUCCUCUUCACCAUGGGAGGCCUUGGCUUCAUCAUUUUGGAUCGGUCUAAUGCGCCCAACAUUCCCAAGCUCAACCGUUUCCUUCUGCUCUUCAUCGGCUUCGUCAGUGUGCUUCUGAGCUUCUUUAUGGCCAGAGUCUUCAUGAGAAUGAAACUACCUGGUUAUCUCAUGGGUUAAAGCUGCAGUAUCGCAGAUUCUACAGGAUGAGAUGAAUGAAAACCUACAGAAAUCAACGUUUCGGUGCCAAGGACUACAGUCUUAAAGUCUGAUCAGUUUUGUUUUUUUUUCCCACUGCAGAAUUUCAUUCAUCUUUUUAUUUUGUGCACACGUUUGUCUAGAAGGACCCUCACCAUACAGGUGCAUGAAAAUGUGCUACAUUUCCUUCUCAGCGUUGUUAAAACAUUUUCUUGUAAAAAGUCCACCGGAUGGUCAAUAUUGUAUUGAUAUCCAUUUUGCAUAACUGUUAUUUUGUAGACGGCCUGUUCAUAAAUAUGGCUGCUUGAUGUGCAGUUUUUUUCUAUAAUAAACACACAACACACACAA